UUCAGUGUAUAUGUAUAGGAAACGACACCAUGGAAUUCCAGUAUACAAAUGAGUGGACAGUAAUUAUCAUAAACAUGAUGUCCAAAAUUAUCCUGAUAGCCUAUAUUAUGGCUAUUUGUGUGACCAUGGUCACCUGUAACCAUUGGAACGAGCACUGGAAUAAAUACAGCCAGGAUGAACGCCAAUGGAUCAUGAUCAUGUUUUGCAGCGACUGCGAGUUCAUAAAAGGUGAUUUGGAC